ACUCGCUGGUCCGUCUCUUAAAAAAACAUACCAAGUCUCCAACCCACCCACUACUUUUAAGCAUACUGCCCAUGGAGAAAGUGCAUCACUCAAAGAUUGGCUCUGAUCAAGGAGCCGCAGACAAAGAUUACGGGGUCAUCAACGACGAGGAUGAGUUCGACCCGGCCGACCCGCCCCCGUUUCAGAUGGCCCAGAUCCGUGCGUCAAUACCCAAGCACUGCUGGGUCAAGGAUCCAUGGCGCUCUCUAUCUUAUGCCCUCAGGGACUUGGCCGUCAUUUUCACACUCGCAGCUGCCGCCGCUUACUUCAACGGCUGGUACUUUUGGGUCUUCUACUGGGCCGCUCAGGGCACCAUGUUUUGGGGCCUCUUUUGUCUCGGCCAUGAUUGUGCGCACGGGAGCUUCUCUGAGAAUAGCACGCUAAAUGACGCAGUGGGGCUUUUCAUUCAAACUUUAAUUCUCGUACCUUACCAUCCAUGGAAAAUUAGCCACAGACAUCACCAUCAAAACCAUGGAAAUGUGGAGAAAGAUGAAGCAUGGGUUCCGAUCUCAGAGAAAGUAUACAAGAAUUUAGAUUCAACGACGCGAAUUCUUAGAUUCACCUUGCCUUUCACCCUCUUUUCCUGGCCUUAUUAUCUGUGUCUUGGGAAUUUUGGGAAGAAGAGAUCACAUUUCAACCCAUAUAGUGAAUUAUUCAAACCCAGUGAGAGAAAAGAAGUGAUGAUUUCAAUUGGUGCUUGGGGUGUAAUGGUGGCUGUGCUUGCCUGGGCUUCCUUCUCUUUUGGUCAUCUUCAACUCCUCAAAGUCUAUGCUGUUCCAUACAUGGUUUUUGUAAUGUGGCUAGAUUUCGUUACGUAUUUGAACCAUCAUGGUCAUGAUUAUAAAGUUCCAUGGUACCGUGGCAAGGAAUGGAAUUUUCUAAGAGGAGCAUUAACGACAUCAGAUCACGAUUACGGAUGGAUCAACUAUAUCCAACAUGACAUAGGAACCCAUGUCAUACACCAUCUCUUCCCUCGAAUCCCACACUACCACUUAGUUGAAGCGACAAAGGCAGCUAAGCCAGUGCUGGGGAAGUACUACAGGGAGCCCAAGAAGUCAGGCCCAAUAUUCCCAUUUCAUUUAAUUGGGCUUCUGGCGAGAAGCAUCAAGCGGGACCAUUUCGUCAGCGAUACCGGAGGCAUUCUGUACCAUCAGACAGAUCCAGACCUCUACAAAUUCUCUUAGGCCCGGCCCAUGUGACUAUCACCACUUUCAUCAGCCCAAUCUAUGGCCCGUUCUAUAAGGGAUAGUUUUUUUUUUUUUGCUAGUUUGCGAAUGUGUGUUGCAUGAGAUAUUAUUAGCAUGUUGUAACUAAUAUUAUAUUCCAGGUUUGAAGUGUGUGUUUCUUCGGUUUCAAAUAUAUAUAUAUAUAUAUAUAUAUA